GCCUUAUCUUUUGACAUAAGACAAUCUGAGGGCCAUUUUGCAAUCAGUUGUUAGAAUCAAUUGGUCUUCAAAUCAUUAGAAGAGGCCUUUGUUGAGAGGUGUGGAAAAUUUGGAAGCAGAGUAGAAGAAGAUUUUUCAGAGAAUAGGAAUUGGCACUGUGGAAAUCAAAUGUGGUUCUCCUUGGGUGUUUAUCAUUGUGGAUUUCAUGCUCUAACCUCUCAAAAAUUUCCUAAUUGCCGUUCUCAUGCUUGUUUAGGCCAAUUUUGGCAUUAAAACUUGGGAACUUUCAGGCAAUUUGUAGGGACCUGAUGCAUUCAUGCUCGUGACGCCUUUUGUUUGCAGUUGGGACUUGAAAUAAUGGUUUCAAAAGAAUUGAAGCUUAGAAGGAAGGCUUAAACAAGUGCUUUUCAUGCAUUUGGACAAAAUAAGAGAGCAUGUUGAGGUUCCAGUUCCAGCUCCUGCUAAAGAUGAGGUUUUGCUGAAAUUGGAAGCAGCAAGCCUAAAUCCAAUAAAUUGGAAAAUGCAGAAAGGCAUGCUGCGUCCUCUUUUUCCUCGCAAAUUCCCUCACAUACCAGUUACUGAUGUGGCCGGAGAGGUGGUGGAGGUUGGAUCUGGAGUCAAAGAUUUCAAAGCUGGUGACAAAGUUGUUUCCAUACUUAGCCAAUUUAGCGGAGGUGGACUAGCAGAGUUUGCCGUGGCUAAAGAGAACUUGACAGUCUCCAGGCCUUCUGAAGUGUCAGCAGCUGAAGGCGCAGGCUUGCCCAUUGCAGGUCUUACAGCUCACCAGGCCCUCACCCAGGUGGUAGGCAUCAACCUUGAUGGAAGUGGCCCACGGAAAAACAUCCUAAUCACAGCUGCAUCAGGUGGGGUCGGUCACUAUGCUGUUCAACUCGCAAAGCUGGGAAACACACACAUUACUGCCACUUGUGGAGCACGAAACAUUGAUUUAGUCAAGAGCUUAGGGGCCGAUGAGGUUCUGGACUACAAGACCCCAGAUGGUGCAGCCCUCAAGAGCCCAUCUGGUCGGACAUUUGACUUUGUAAUCCACUGUGCAACAGGCAUUCCCUGGUCCACCUUCGAGCCUAACUUAAGCACAAAUGGGAAGGUAAUAGAUAUCACUCCUACUGCCAGUACGAUGCUGACUUUUGCUAUGAAGAAACUCACUUUCUCUAAGAAGCAGCUGGUGCCCUUGCUUUUAUCUCCCAAGAAGGAGAACCUGGAGUGUCUUGUUGGGUUGGUGAAGGAAGGGAAGCUUAAGACAGUGAUCGACUCGAAACAUCCCCUGAGCAAGGCUGAAGAUGCUUGGGCCAAGAGCAUCGAUGGCCAUGCUACUGGGAAGAUCAUCGUCGAGCCUUAAGCGUGGUUAUAUCAACUCUAAUAUGCCUAAUGAAAAAGGUGUGAUGUAGCAUGCGAGGGUUAGGUAAUAAUUAUUUGCAUUAGAACAAGGUAUUUGAUGAUGUUUGCUUCUGCCUCACGCUUAGCAGACUGGUUAUUGUAAAUGUGUGCGUCUUUUAUUCAUAUUUGUAAGUUGUAUAAGCUUUUGUCAUGUUUGGUCAUGGGUUUCAUUUUUCCUUUCUUUUUC